AUGCAGAAACGAAGGGAAUGUUUGGAAAGGUUUGUAUUGAAAUCUUUUCUUCUCUUCCUUUUUCGUUUUUUUCUUUCUUUCUUUCUUGUUUUUUUCCCCCUUAUUAUUGUUUCCACUGGAGAUUCCUUCUUUAUCUCCCAGCUUCCUUCAGGAAUUGGAAUUACUACCACCCCUUUUACCAUUAUUAUUAUUAUCAUCAUCAUCACUAUUAUUGUUAUUAUUAUGUUACCACUAUCAUCACCCUCCAUUUUUGUACAAAAAAUUAUUUAUCUUUUCAUUUUUUUAUCAUUUUUUUUAUCAUUUUUUUUAUCAUUUUCUUUUCUUUUUUUGUUUGUUUGUGUUUGUGUGUGUAUGUGUUUUUUUUUUCUGAAAUUGAGAGCAACAUAUCACUACUGGACGGUUGAUUGUGCCCGUGUUACCUUACAAGAAAUACAGAGGAGUACGGUGAUCUCUUUUUUUUUUUUUCCUUUCCUUUAA